UUACCAUCGGAAGUCGAAACUGUCAUAAUUUUCAUAACUGUUGGUUUAUAUAUGAUAAACGAAUUUCAAACGGUACUCAUCGCAGCCAAUCGAUUCAUUGCAAUGUUUUUACCUUUACUUUAUCAUAACCUUUUCAGCAACAAAAUUACAAUGAUUUUUCUGGGAGCACUUUACUUGGAAAGAGGGUAUGCGAGCGUUUCAAAAGUUUUCACAGUUUUUGCCGCUGACUGUGUCCUGAUUUGGGAGAGUUCCGUUUUAUGCCCUCUAAGCAAUGAUCCGAGUUGCUGGGAAAAUUUUUCGUCUUCCUCCGACGGAUUCAUUUUUAUUUGUGUUACAUUGGCUGUUUUUGGAGUAACCAUCCUGUUGAAUCUGAUGACGUUUGCAAAAAUUUUAAGAUUUUAUCUUAGUCAUAAUGUGGAUUCAGAAAGCACGUUUUCAGUGAAAAACAAUAUAAAAUUAUUUGUCCAAACUGUUCUUCAGGAUUCACUAUUCUUUGUAGACGUAUUGUUCACUUUCAAGUUGAGCUCUCUGAGCACUCACCGAGCCUGGCUGUUCAUCAGUACCGUGUUUGUAUGGGAGACUAUUCACAUGUUGGAUGGAUUGAUAAUGUUGAUGUUCUCGGAUCGCGUAUCAACUUUGAGAGCU